GAUAGUGAAAUUUAAAAAAUAACAAUAUGACAAGCAUUAUUUUUCAAGUGUUAUCAGAUAAUCUCACACUCAAAGACAAUCAGCCACCACGCGCCACAAUUGGAUGACUUAGAAAACUUUGGUGGGCUAAAAAUGUAACUUCCAUGGAUAUUCGAGUGGGCUCUAAUAUUGUGGGCCUUCUGCCUGUCUAUUUCAGUAUUGGGGUCUUUUGGCCCAAUGGACCGACCUUUUUUUUUUGUAAAGACUGAUCCACAUUAUUAUUGUAUUUCCCCCUUCUUUUUGGCAGGGAUGGCGUUUCUAUGAGUGAAGUUAGUUGGACAAAAGUGUUAAGGUGACAUUAGAUAAUGGAGUAGUCUACUUGUGGAUAAUGGAGUAGGCCAAUACUAUGGUGUCGCUAUAAAAACUGCGGCACUGGUAACACAACUUUUCAUUGGUCCACGUGGCCAUGAUGUGGCAUCGAUUUUGUUUGCUAAAUACCAACCGAACCCCCAGUGGCCCAUGAGAAAUGGUCCAAACCGUCUGUCUCAAAGUAACGGAGAAAGGUUCCCCGUCAAACAAUCUGUCUUUGUUUUUAUUGUAAUUAAUUUAUUAAAUUCAAAUUCAAGGAACAUUUAUUCCGCAGAAUAGAAACGAGUUGACUAUUGAACAACACUUCCUCGAUCUCCCUUGCCAGCGGCUUCUACCAAAUCACUCCCAGUGACUUGCCCGUCGAUCCCAUCGCCUCGCCCACACUGUUUCCUCCUAAAUUGGUUAUGUAGAACAGAGGCAAAGAAACCCCUCGUCUUCCACCUUGAUGAAAUAGCGCCGCCGCCAAAGUACCAGACUAUCCUAGGUCAAAGACGAAGAGAGCCCCCCCUCCUCCGCGUUGCUUCCCCGUUGAAAUCGUCGAAACCAAGUUGUAGGAGGUGUUGAGUUCCCCACCAAUGAAAGGGUUGGCUUCAGGUACUUCGAUUAAUGUGUCUUUGAAGAGGUAGGUAGGUGAAUCUAGAUGCCGCCCUUUUUGUACCUUUACUCUUUACCCUGCUUCCAAAACACUUGCUUCAAGCGUUUGCAAACUAUAUAUCCAUGCAAAUAUCAACUCGAUUUUGUCAUCAAACUUUAAUGUGUUUGUGACUAUGAAUUGUGAUGUUUGUGAAAUGCUUCUGAUUGACAAUCAAUCUAAUCUGGUAUACUUGUUUGUGUUCCUUUGGUCUGCAGUAUAACCGGAUUUAGUCCCGGGGGACGAGCUAUGAGCCAAACAGAAACUGUAUUAGAUAUUUUCCACCUAUUUUGAAAGGAAAAUUAAGCAGUCAACUACUUGGUCAUUCAUGUUUAUCUGCAUGUUUUGUUUAUAUGAUAAUUGUAAUAAUUGAUGAUGAAGCGAAAUAAUGCAUCAUAUAUAGGAAAGGAGUUUUUAACCUGUGUUUUCUUUUGUUUUGUUUUGUUAUGUUAGUCAUGUUUAUAUUGUGUCCCGCCAUAGAAGAUUUCUUCUAUAUAUCAAUCAAGUCGAAAGAAACCCUCAAGUGGCCAGAGACGCACUAGAGUAGAGUGGAGUUGAGAGGUUUCACCGACUGUUGCAGUCCUCAUCGUGGUAUGUAAAUUAGGAGAAACUUACCUUACUAUUUUUUGUAACUCCAUCAAGAUAGUCGCCGAGUCUCAUUUCUAUUGGUAAUAAAGAUUAUACCUUUUUGGUCCCAAAGUUUGAAACAUACAAGAUUUUCUUAGUGUUUGCUUCUAUGUUCUACCUCCAAAGUAAAGGUGCACAAGCAUUCAGAUACAAUUAAACCACCAUCCAAGAAUCACUAUCUCACGUCAGCACCAGUUUACUACCUUCCAUGGGUAUUUGCUAUUCCCCCUUUCAGCUGCAUUUCACCAAUGCACCUGUAAAUCACUAUCAUAUACUCAAAUAUGCUUAUUCAAUUCAUGAAUUUGAUCUUUCAAGGCAAAAAAAGUAUCAACAAGUCAACUCCCCACAAAAGUUUCCUAACAUCUGGUACAACAUUUUGACAAAAAAUUGUCCAUCACUUGAGGUAAGUAGAUCAUCUACUUGUGUGAGGAUAACUAGUGAAACCAGAUUGGUAUCUCUCUUCUGCAACCUAACGCAGCCAAGGAAAAAGUAGAGAAUGAAGUAAUCAAAUCUCAAUCCGUUCACUAUUACAAUUUACAACAUAUAAUAACAAAACGAUAAUAAACACAGCUGAUCAAGGCAUAGAGAAAGAGGCAAUCAAAGCCAGAACUUUGCUUGAGGAGAAGAUAAAAAUAAGCUCCAGAAGCAGCAACAAAUGUUCAACAUAAUUUUGCACCUGAAACUAGGGGUGGGCAACGGGAAACGGGUAUUUGGGUAUACCCGUACCCGUCCCGUUUUUUAAGGGUUACGGGUACCCAUAUUACCCGUAAUAUUAUAAACGGAUGGGACUUGGGAUUGUACAUUCUUAAUAUGGGUACCCGCGGGUUAUCCGCGAAUACCCGUUUGGGUAAUAUGGGCACCCGUUAUACCCAUUCAAUACAAAGGCAGCCCAACCCAAUUCAGAACCCAUUGGCCUUUUCGGCCCUCACCCUUGCAAUUUCAAUUCCAUUUGCCAUUUGGGCCUAGGACCCUUACCCUUUCAGUGAGACUCAACUUCUCUGCUAUAGAUUUUAGCUUCCCAUGAACCUAAAAAUUUGGAUACUUUCUGCAUUCAGCAACACAAGAAAAGUAGCAGCAUGCCUCCCGUUUGGUUGUGUUGAAUGAAACUUCUUAUUUGAUAAUUUGGUGCUUGGAAUGAUUUAUUUCUAUGUGUUUUGAUUGUUCAUGAAUGUGUUAUUUGCAAACCGAGUAUUUGUGAUUGGGAUGUAUUUUGUGUCUUGUGAUUGUUAAACAAAUACAAGUUAAGUUUAAACUUUUGUUAAAAGUUUAGUGGUUUAAAUUUUGGGUAUUUAUGGGUAGUAUGGGUACCCGUUAUCCGUCCCGUACGGGAAAUGGGUACCCGUUUCCCAUAUGGGUUUGGGAUAUGGGAUGGACUUUGGUCUCCAAACGGGACUGGAUACCCGUUUAAAACGGGACGGGUAUCCCGUCCCGUCCCGUUGCCCACCCCUACCUGAAACUGAAAUUAGAGAAAAUAGAUCAUGAUCUUAUCUAGACUAAGUUGCUUAACCAAAUCAUUGGCAACCAAGUUUUUUCUGAAGCUGUAAAUAACAUAGUGAUGAGUUCAAGAUGAAAAUUUUAUCAAUGCUUCCUUUCUUGACCUCUCAUGUUCCCAGUUAACAAAUGGUCCCAACUCAAACAUUACAAUAAUCGAUGAAGGAUUUCAGUGGAAGCAUUUGGUAGAGCCUAAAGAUUGGAUUGACGAUGGAGAAGUCAUUGGAAGUGAUUUUGAAGCCUCCACCGGAAAGGGAUACCGAGGAGAAGACGAUUUCCUUUUUGGGUUUAUUUUCUUCUCCCUUGUUCCUGCCGAAUAAAAAAUAUUAACAGUUAUAUCAAUUGUAAAUUAAUCAAUAAAAAAUAAAUAGUAAAAUGCAAAAGACUGAGACCAUAUUCCGUUUGUUUGGAUACAUGGGGUUUGGGCCAGGUCUAAUGGAUCGGGCUUGGAAGUGAGGUUGAACCAAUCCACUUUGCGCCACAUCAUUGUCCGCGUGAACCAAUUAAAAAUCGCGUCACCGGUACCGCAUUUUUUACAGCGGCACCUUAGUAUUGGCCUAUUAUUGUAUUUCCCCCUUCUUUUUGGCAGGGAUGGCGUUUCUAUGAGUGAAGUUAGUUGGACAAAAGUGUUAAGGUGACAUUAGAUAAUGGAGUAGUCUACUUGUGGAUAAUUAAAUAGCACGUAGUUGGCGCAUGAAAAGUGAAGGAACUAACUAAAGCAUCGAAUAUAUAUUUAUUGAAGCUCAAGCAACAACAAUCAAACAUAACUACCGGCAUUUUAUCAUAUGAACUUGAUUUUCGCAAAUUAAACUCAUUUGACGAGGCAACCUCAGAUUUUUAUUUUAGUAAACAAAUCGAACUCGAGCUUUCCUAUUAAAGUAUGCGUCAAACUCGAGCCGAGCUCAAAGUUGAUAUUCUUUUACGAGUAGAGUCCGAAACCAUGGCAGGCUUGGCUCGGAUCUCAACAACCCUAGUUAUAUGCUUGGUUUUAAGUUGUUUAGCUGAAGUAUAAUUUGACUUGCACUCGGCAAAUCAAAACCAAUUAUAUUGUAGUAAAUCCGAGGUGACCCAAACGAGAAGACAUGAUAAAUUAUUCCUGGGGGAUAAUUUGACAAGCAUGCGAUCAAUUAACUCAUUUUUAAAAUACAUAUUUUCGAUAUUACAGUGUUUGUUCUCAUUAGAACGUUAUCUAUUUUGUUUCCCACGAAAUUACAUAAAAUUAAAAUGUCACAUUUUCUAUAAAUCAAUCUCUACAUCGAUUCUUUCAAUCCUACCCCAUAAAAUACACAAAUUCUCGAAAUCCUAUUAUACGCAAAAAAAAAAAAAAAACCUUUCUUUCAUUUACAAUUCCAGUCAAAUGAAACUUUAGCAAAUAGCCGCGGAAAUCUUAUAGAAACAGGGGAGUGGGGACACCCGAGGGAAGAAGAAAGGGCAAAGAAAAUGGCUGUAGGGUCAGUCAGCGUUCUCCGUUUUUGCCGAGAGCCUCAGCCACUUAGCGCCCUCUGUCCCGCACACACUCUGUUUCUUCGCCUUUAACCAUGGUUAGCCCUAUCCACUAUUACCACUUCUCCUCCCUCUUUCAUUCUCUCUCUCUCUUUCUUUUUCCUUGCUUCUUCUCCCCCUUUCAUCCUUCGCCUGCCAACUUUGUCUAAAAAUUUAGAGCUGGGUUUUCUGUUCACAGUUCGUCUGCAAUCGGUUAUUAGAUACUCAAAUAUAAUUUGAAAGGAGAAGCAGCCGAUUGUUUGUUUCUUGUGCUUCUUCUUCCUCUGUUUUUCAUUUUUUGGUCUGUGUUACUUCUAUACCUGAACUGUUGUCGUUAGUAGUACUGAUUAGACUGAGAGGAGAAGUGCGGGGGGAAAAGGGUUUCUGGGUUCUUUUUGUAUAUGCAUAGGAGGUAGAGGAGGAAAGAUGGUGAAGAAGAAGAAGAAGGCGCAGAAGACCAAGGAAUUAUCAGUAGCCAUAGCAGAGGAUGCAGAGCAGCACCAUCAUCCACCACAAGAAGCAGCAGCUGUUUCUUCGCCGCCUCAGUCUCCAGCUCCCAGAAAGAGAGGCAGGCCACGCAAAAUUUUUGUUGCUGCUGAGCAAACAACAGCCGCCAACAAUAGUAAUGAGCCAGGAGAAGCAGAAGGAGAAGAAGAGUCGACUAAGCGGCUCAAAGUUGUGAGCGAGAAGAAAGGAGAAGCUGGAUUAGAAGUGGAACAAAAAGCUACUGCUGCUGUUAGGAGAAGCAGGCGCAGGAAGAGCAAACCCAGAAAGAGCAGCUGAUAUGUAAUAUAUCACAACACCACCAAAAAAAAAACACAAAUCUGUUUUGCUUUCUUUUUCUUUUGCUGUGGUGGUCAUCUGUGAAUUAGUAGGUUCAUGUAGCAGCAAAAAAAUUUAAGAGAAGGUGGAUUCUGGAUUGCUUAUUUUCGUCUCUUUUCCAAUUUCUCACGACAGGGUAACACUUCAACAACAGGGGGGGUAGUGAUAUGAAUGUUUAGGAAAAACAGAGGAGCUAGCUGGCGGCGGAAAGGUGAGGAAAGGGGGAAGCUUUUCCUUUGGCUAAGCGUUUGGGUCGACCCGGAAACUCAAUACAUGCAAAAAACCCGACCCAAUUGCCAGGGAGGAAGAAGAAGAGACAGCCUGCGACUACGAGAGGUUUGCUUUAGCCAACUGGGAUUGGCCAAUUGCUUGCUGAGUGGGACAACAGAUGGAUAGGGAAGCAGGGCCCAUAUCCAUUACCCGUCCAAUCCACCAAGGAUUAAAAAACCGUAACGUACUGCAGUUGGACAAGAACUUAGCGGUAUGAAACAGUUGAACCACGAUUUCAACAUAAAGCUACCUUGUCGUUAUUUUUCCGGUACAACCUCCAAUACGGUUUUAUACAAUCCUUAGUGAAAACUUGUAAUACCCUUCAUCAACUUGGCACAGUGCAGAGGCCAUAAAAUACCAUCAAUCCAAAUCAUCAUCAUUUUCCCUUGAAGUUGAGGAUGGUGAAAACUGGAGAGACGGAACUUGAGGAAUCAAUAGAACAAGCCAAGAAAAGUGACAACAUGCAUGGCGACCAAAAGCAUGGCUGAAAUCUGUCAGCAGCUUCCCUGCCUCAAAUCUAGUCAAUUUGAACAAACCAAUCAUGUCUGACACCCUCAACUUCAGGCAGAAACACCAAAAAUGCAAAAUUUCCGUUCCAUGGGUAGCUGAUGUGUGCACGGGCAUUGUAGAGUCUACAUGCCACUUGAAAGUAUUCUUACUAAGCUAUGAUCACAGAAAGGGUCUUACUACAGACCACAACAGAAUAUAUGAUCUCCGCAUCA